GUUUUCGGCGGCGAGAGUCGCAAGUCCCGGUCGCGGCAGAAGUCCAGCGUGUCCAGAUCGAGAAACGUCAAACGGCAGCAACACAAGAUGGCGGCCAAGCGUCGUCUUCUUUCAUCGAGCAUGGGCAAGAUGGCUACAGCGGCUACCCUCCCUGGCCUCAACCUGGCUACCCCCCGUCGCAGCUUGGACCCAGGAUGCCUUGGGCUCCGGUGGCCUCCGGUCACGUGCCCCGUUUUCCGGCGAGGGUGUUCCAGCCUCAGCGUGGGCGUGAGCCCGCUCCGCCUCGGACGGGUGGGAUCGGAGCAGACGACGCCUGCUACUUCUGUGGACGCCGCCGUCAUGAUCGGGCGGUUUGCCCGGCGUCUCAAGCGACAUGCUUCUUAUGUGGAAAGUGGGGACACUUUGCAGUGGCGUGUCGGAGUCGUCGCCCGCCGGCGGCUGCCUUCACCUACGAUCGGCGACAGGCAUCGUUCCCGGUUCAAGGCCGUGGUACUCGGCGGACCUUCGCCGAAAGACAGUUCAGAGGGGACCGGCCCGGCCGGGUGAACGUGGUCGGCCAGUCGCUGUCUCCUGAGGAGCUGCCAAGCGUUAGGCUGACGGAGGAACCUGUGGUCGUCGGGACGGCCGAGCGACGAGAAGGCGGCAGCAUGCGUCGUGACGCCUUCAUGGCCGAGAUCACGCUCACGGAGGAGGAGCAUCACAGCGGGAUGUGAGGCCCAUGCCCAACCCGCAGCGACGACCGUUCACCGCGUCGUCCUGUCAAGCAUCGCAAGUCCCUGGUUCUCGACCAGCGGCAAGUUCCAGACCUUCAUUUGCGGAGAACCCGUCUCCUGCUUCAUCGGUCUCUGAAGAGACCACACCUAAAGUCUUCGAGGACGAGUCAAGUCCGCAACGUCAUCCUGAGAGUCAAGGGCUCCAUAGUCCGCAACGUCAUCCUGAGAGUCAAGGGCUCCAUAGUCC